AGUCGAUCGUCGCGGAGAACACAACACAACGCGCAGCAUGUCGGCCAAGAUCAAGCUGCGUUCCCAACUGCACCUUCUGACGGGUUUCAUCGCAGGAUUCAUUUGCGCCUUCGUCCUUCUUCUGUACGUCUACGAUGUGAGCCGGGUUUCGCCCUGUUGGACCAGCUCCUCAUCCUCCUCCUCCUCUCCAGUGUCCGUUGCCAUGGACGCACUGUCCCGAACUGAAGUGCUCCCACCCGCCCGAAUAUUGUGCAUGGUGCUGACCUGUCCGGAAAAUGUGGAGGAUUUGGCCCGAACUGUGUACGACACUUGGGGGAGGCGAUGUAACCAUCUGAUAUUUGUGAGCAGUGAGAAUUAUCAGCCGCUGGGCGUGGUCCAGGUGGUUGAAGCCAAUGGUGGCGCCUACGAGGAUCUGUGGAACAAAACCCGCGAGGGAUUCCGACAUGUUUGGGAGAACUUUGGACAAGACUUUGAUUGGUUCCUCAAGGCGGAUGAUGAUACGUAUGUCGUCAUGGAGAAUCUACAUCACCUGCUGAGCGGUUUCGAUCCGGAUACACCCGUAUACUUUGGCUACAAGAUGACACGCUACAAUGUGAGUUAUAUGUCCGGAGGCGCUUCUUACGUUCUGAGUCGUGAGGCUCUGAACCGAUUCAUGACUCAGGCCUAUGGAUCGUCGGUGAUAUGUCCGGAGCCAAAGAAAAUGGGUAUUGAGGACUUUUACAUGGGGAUUUGUCUGCAAAAUGUAGGAGUUCAUUUCGUCGACUCGGCACAAUCUCUGGAUGGAGAUCCCAAGCCCAAGUUUAUGCCCUUGAAUUUGGAGCACUAUCUCGCGGACUCAAACUCCACCAUUCCGGACUGGCUGCGUCUGAUGAGUGUAUCUCGAGUUGAAACUGGUUUGCGGUGUUGUUCCAACUAUUCUGUGGCUUUUCACUACGCCAACCGUGAACGCAUGUUCCUUUACGAGUUUCUAAUCUAUUAUCUCCGAGUUUUUGAUCACAACUUGAGUUCGGGAAGAAAUCAGAGAUAUCUCUUAAAUUCAUCUGAUUUAAACAGACGAUUUCCACUGGAAGAUAAUUUGAAUAUAAAAGACUUGAUACAAAUGUCUGAGAAACCAGAGAAUUUCUAG